AUGGCGAAACCGGAGUGGGAGUCGCUGGAGCAAUGCUUGGAGAAGCACCUGCCACCUGCAGACUUGAAGGAGGUGAAGCGCAUUCUGUAUGGCAAGGAGACCAGGAAACAGGAUCUACCCAGUGGUGCUUGGGAAGCCGCCGCCAGAGGGGACUUCGAACUGCAAGGCUAUGGCUUCCAGGCAGCCGAGGAGCAGCUGAGACCACCCCGCCUCGUGCGUGUGGGGCUGGUACAGAAUAGAACGCCCCUCCCCACGGAUGCCCCUGUGGCAGAGCAGGUCUCGGCCCUCCACAGACGCAUAGAAGCCAUCGCAGAGGUGGCUGCCAUGUGCGGCGUCAACAUCAUCUGCUUCCAGGAGGCGUGGACUAUGCCCUUUGCUUUCUGCACGAGAGAGAAGCUGCCCUGGACGGAGUUUGCCGAGUCAGCAGAGGAUGGCCCCACCACCCGCUUCUGUCAGAAGCUGGCCAAGAAGCAUGAGAUGGUGGUGGUGUCACCCAUCUUAGAGCGGGACCAAAGUCAUGGAGACGUCUUGUGGAACACGGCCGUGGUGAUCUCCAAUUCAGGAGCCGUCCUGGGCAAGACCAGGAAGAACCAUAUCCCCAGAGUGGGUGAUUUCAACGAGUCAACCUACUACAUGGAGGGGAAUCUGGGCCACCCCGUGUUCCAGACACAGUGGGGGAAGAUCGCUGUGAACAUCUGCUACGGACGCCACCACCCCCUCAACUGGCUCAUGUACAGCCUCAACGGGGCCGAGAUCAUCUUCAACCCGUCGGCCACCAUUGGGGCGCUCAGUGAGUCGCUGUGGCCGAUCGAAGCCAGAAACGCAGCCAUCGCCAACCACUGCUUCACAUGUGCCAUCAACCGCGUGGGCGAGGAGCACUUCCCGAAUGAGUUCACCUCUGGAGAUGGAAAGAAGGCGCACAAGGAUUUUGGUCACUUUUAUGGCUCCAGCUACGUGGCGGGCCCCGACAGCAGCCGGACCCCAGGGCUCUCCCGGAACCGGGACGGACUGCUGGUUGCCGAGCUCGACCUCAACCUCUGCCGGCAGAUGAAUGACAUCUGGAACUUCAAGAUGACCGGCAGGUAUGAGAUGUACGCUCGGGAACUGGCCGAAGCUCUCAAGCCUAACUACCGCCCCAAUGUGCUGAAAGAGUAGCUGGUUCUGCUCUUGCCUGCCCGUCUACUGGCUGCUGCCUGAAUGUUGGCUAUCCACAUUGGUUUGAAAAUGCCUGCACAGAGCCAAGGAGACAGGGAGAGGAACUGCUUAGCAGGUGCAAGGCUUCCUUCAAGGCUAAAAGGAGGGGAUGCUUGCAGUACAUUGCCACAUGCCAAAUACCACUGCCUGAUUUGCAUACCGUAAACAUGUU